UCAAUCGGUUCAGCCACCCUCCGCCAACGGCCGCUCUCCCAAUUUACAAUUAGUGCACAAGCAAGCUGAGACUGAAAUUUCGCCACGGAAGUAGUACUAGCGAAGAAUUGGCGAAUUUGCGAUCUGUGAAAGAACCGGCGAGAAAACGACGGAAUCCGAAUAAAUAAAGAAAGGCGACACGAGUGCCCCGCUACAAAGACGGGGACAUGUUCCGGCAUUUGGAAUCGGAAUUUGUCUUGCCUUGGGAGGAACAAGAACAAGCCAAGACAGAAACGGAACAAACGAGCCGUGCCACUUUGAGAGGAAGCUAAUUUUGUUGGCUUCUUCUUCCUCAGUCGUUACGCUUUCUUGGCGGUUUCCGUUGGCUGCGAGCUAAAGCCGGAGCCUGCCACCCUAAUUUUAGCCCCUCCUUGUCCAAAUUGGAGGUUACCGGAGGGCGAAUCGUAGCCCGGUUCGGCUGUUCGGCUGGGUUUGGCUACGCCCCUCCUCCUGGUCUGCUCGAUUCAGGCCAUGGAGAUAUGGCUGGCAAAGGUGCAGGGGGGUGGAGCUCGCCGUGUUUCUUGAUGCGAUUUGUGCAAGUAUCAGCCCCUCCUCGCAUCAAUCUUGGGGUCUAGAGCCCGAAAUCUUAACUUCUAGUCACCAACAUUAGAAAUUUGUUUGCCACCUUCUUGGCGAUCCUAAGACACUUGAGCCGCUGAUUGGGUUCCCCUUGUGUCUGCCGUUCUCAUGCGGCAGGAUUCAGAUGUUCUUGGCAAGGUAGGUCAAGGUAAAGGGAGAUGCCCAAGGCAGGAGACUGUAGCGGCGGCGGCGGCGGUGGCCGGAGGGACCUGCCUCUGCUUUUCCUGAGGGUGGGCGCUGCCAUCACGCUCUCCAUCGCUGGGAUCUUCUUCUCGUGGCUGCGGUGGCAGCACCGGCCUCGGCCCCGGCACCUCCUGCUCCCUCCUCCUUCAGAGCCGGAUGAUGCCCGUGGCAUGAAGGGUGGUGGUGGAGGGCUCAAGGACGAGCUAAGGAUCCUCAAGAAUGAGGAUACCAAGGCAAAAAUAAUCAAUGGUAACUCUGUGCACACAACCACUACCACUACAACGACCACCACCACUGCCUCAGUGUCACUUCCUCCGAAAUGCCGAAACAUUGAUGAUGAUGAUGAUGAUGAUGAUGAAGGAUUUCUCCUUCCAGAAUACAAUGAAAUGGUUAUGGAAGAAUUUGGCGGAGACGUAGGCAAUAUCGCAAGCUCACCUGCAGCAAGAGUAAGGGAAGAUGCAUCUAAUGAGCAUGAAAUUUUCAAGCUCAGAGAUUUGGUUAGAUCUCUGCAAGAAAGGGAAAAGACCCUGGAGAUACAACUUUUGGAGUUGUACGGUUUGCAGGAGCAAGGUGCUGCAGUUAGGGAGCUUGAGAACCAACUGAAGAUAAACAAUGUCGAGUCACAGCUAUACUCCUUGAAGAUCGAAUCCUUGCAAUCUGAAAAUCAGAGGUUACAAACACAGUUGUCUGAAAGCUCAAAGUUAACUUCCCAGCUUGAGUUGACAAAAUCAAAAUGCAAGCUGUUGAAAAAGAAGUUGAGACUGGAUGCGGAACAAGCAAAGGAGAAAAUCACUUCCCUUCAGAACAUAGUUGAUUCCUUUCAGUGUAAGGAGAUUAUUGAGGGAGAAGUUGACGGCGAGGCUGAGAAGAAAUUAAAGAGGCUAGAGGAAUUGGAAAAUGAGGCAAGAGAGCUUAGAGCUGCAAAUUCAAGGCUGCAGCAGGAGAAUUCACACCUUACUAGGCGAUUGGAGCUCACACGCCUACCGCCUGUACCCAAGUCCCACAAUAGCAUGGAGGUAAAAACAUCAGAACAAGUUGAUGGGUUGAAGCAAGAAAACGAGAAGUUGUCAAAAGAGGUUGAGCAACUGCGGACUGACAGGUUUGCAGAUGUUGAGGAGCUGGUAUAUCUUAAAUGGAUCAAUGCUUGCCUGCGGCAUGAGCUGAAGAACAAGGGGACUCCUGGUCCUGGGGCACAAACUACAGCACAGGAUCUAAGCAACACCCUAAGCCCCAAAUCUGAACAGACAGCCAAGCAAUUGAUAAUGGAGUAUGCCAAUGUUGGUGCGGACGAGAGAAGUUUAAGCUCCAUAGAAUUUGGCUCAGAGUACGCUUCUUCAAGGGCAUCAUCAAGUGGCGAACCCGAUGACACAUCGAUCGAUAUGUCAUCAGUCACAACGCCCAGAAACCCGAAGAAGAAAGAGAAGAAGAAGUUUUUCUCUAAGCUACGGAAAUUGGUACUGGGAAAAGAUAAGGAAAAGAACAUUUUCCCUACUUUGGAGAGGAGAGUGUCUAUUUCGAGCUGUUCCUUUGAUGACUUCACUGGAAGAGACUCGCAUGAUAGCUACUCUUCCUUCUUGACAGAAGGAGCCGUAUCUGCCAAUCAGCAGCAUGACGAUCGCAGCUGCGUUACGCCUUCUUUUGGCAGCCAAAGAUAUAGCACAGAAGCAGGAGAUGGAAGAUACCAGCGUCAUGGGGUAAAAAAGAAUGCAUCUUUCGGAUCCGGAAGAUUCAGUGAACAUGGUUCUCAGUUUGAUAGUGGUGAGGCCACAAUACCAGAAGAUGUUGAGAUCCACAAAUUCGCCGAGGCACUGAUUACAUCAAGGACAGGUUCUAUGUCAUCCAGAAGGACAUUAUCCUUCAGCUAACUGAUAAAAAACCAGUAGCUAGGAGUCAUGUGAUGCUGACCAUCUUGUCUGGAUGUAUAUUUUUGCCAGACCCUGAUGGUGAAGUGAUAGGAGAUGUUACUGGAAUGAAGUAUCCAAGACUUCAUUCUGUGUGAAAUGUACAAUCAUGUAUAAUAGUAUAGUGCAAUGACCUUUAAUCUCAAUCUUUGCCGUUCA